AUGGCGGCAAACUUUUUUAAAUGCCUUUUGCCUUUUCUCCUGCUUAUAAUUCACUUAGUUUCUUCAGUUCCAACUAAAAAAAUUCCUAAGUGUAUAGUUUGCCACAAAUAUUUAGACAAAAAAUUGGAAACGACACGAAAAAACCUUCCAGAACGUCAUGACCACGAAGCUUGCUUCGGCGUGUCGUACGACGAGCCAGGUAUACUUUGUUCGGCCUGCCGUAGAGCUGUUUAUCGUUACAAAAAGACAGGAAAAACAUUCUUCCAUGUAAGUAUCUUUAUUCUUAUACAAUUAAAUAUUAUUCUUUAAACAUAUACCUUGCAAACUGCAUUUAACUUACUGACAGUCAGCUAACUUCAGUUGGUCCCAUUGUACAGUAGAUAAUUUAACCCUUUAAAAUAUAUACAGAUUGUUUUUAAUUGUAUUUCUAUUUUAUUAAAGAAUUCUAUUAUUCAUGCAUUAUAAGGCUUGAUAAAAACAAUUAAGGCUGUAAACAUACACCUACAGUAAUUACUAUAAUUUAAUUUACAGCUUGUAGUGGAUUCUGAAAGCAAGAGGGUUGGUAGGCCAGUCAAAAGAAAGCUACAAUAUCCUAAGAAAGCACUUGAUAAUAACUCUGAAUGGAUGGAGGAAUACACCUGCUUUGGCAUCAUCAAAAGAUCUUCAUAUGGUGAAGUUAUUUUACCUCCUGGGUUGUUUGAAGAAAUCGAUGAAAGCUUCAGAAACCUUUCUGAAA